AUGGCCCAGCCAGCUGGAAAGGUCCUCGAGGGUGUCUUUGCCAUCAGCAAGCCUCCCAGCAUCUCUUCCGCUCAAGUGCUUCGAGACCUGCAGCACAAAUUUGCGGAAUCUAAAACCUUCGCCCCCCUACUUGAAAAGACCAGAAAAGCCCAAGAGGAACAGGAGCGACACCAGCCCAAGCGCCGGAAGAGGGGCAAUGACCAGAUAUUCAAGAUGGGCCAUGGCGGCACUCUGGACCCUCUUGCAACUGGCGUCUUGAUUGUUGGACUGGGCAGAGGGUCUAAAUCCCUUCCUGACUUCCUCGGCUGCAAGAAAACGUAUGAGACGGUUGUGUUAUUCGGGAAAAGCACCGACACUUACGACAUCAUGGGCAAAAUAGUGGCAGAGGCUCCGACAGAAACCAUCUCUCAACAAGUGGUCGAAGACAGAUUGAAUCGCUUCCGGGGAAAGAUGAAACAGAUUCCCCCGAUUUACAGUGCAAUCAAGAUCGAUGGAAUGAAGCUUUACGAGUAUGCAAGAAGUGGGAAGGAAUUGCCUAGGGAGUUGGAAAGUCGGGAUGUCGAGAUUUCGGAAUGCACACUACUUGACUUCUACGGCCCUGGAGAGCAUGAUUUCAGGUGGCCAGCAGAGGAAGCGAGCGAGGAGGAAAAAGCUGUGGCCCAAAAACUGAUGGCCGGAGCUGAAGUAAUAAGGAAAUCUGUGGAGCAAGAACCGGCACCCACCAACCCCAAGAGCCCCUCUGACGAGAGGUACAAAGAACAGCGCAAAAGCAACCAGCUACCUCAUGACAAAAAGGCCGAGCUACAUACACACCAUCUCCCGACACAAGAAGCUCAGCCCGCCAAUGCCCCAGCGGCGCGCAUCCGCCUCACUGUGAGCAGUGGCUUCUACGUGCGUUCAUUUGCGUAUGAUCUAGGUAUCGCAUGCGGUUCUUAUGGUACGAUGGCAGCCUUGGUACGAAGUAAGCAAGGCGACUACACAAGUGUUCACCCUACUCCAGAAGGCUUCGUGCCUGCGCUUACAUACGACGAUUUGGAGGCUGGCGAGGAUGUGUGGGGUCCGAAAAUUGUAGACAUGUUGGAAAAAUGGAUGGAAACUCAUCCCGCCCCUUCCAGCGAGAACAGGCCUGGUAACCGCGAUCGAUCAGAAAGAGAUCAUGGUCACAAGAGGUUCGACGGUAGGCAAGGGAACAACCGGCACAAGAAGGCCUGGGGUGGUCAGAGACGUUGGGAAGGGCAAGAAAGAUCGAAGCGGCGCAACAGCUCGUCCCCCGAGUAA